GCGAACGCGACGGCCACACACGGGAUACGAAACACGGAAAGAAGAAACUUAAAGGACUUACCCACAGAGCGAGAGAAUCGAGCGUAAUGUCAACGGCCUUUCUCGUGGACAGUCUUCUGCAUGCACAGCAGACCUACACGGAGAGCCAGCUGAAGUCGAGCCUGAGCGAGAUGCUCCUGUCGCGUCGUGCCGGGGAAUCGAGUGUCGCGGAGUCGCGGGAUCCGCCGCAGCCAGAGUCGAUGUCGGUGUCCCCGGUGGAGCAGCGGGCGGACAGCUGCAGUUGCUCGAAACGCGGCUACAAGUGUGAUAAGUGCCGGGAGCACCGUGCGGAGAGUGUCGACAGCAUCGAGGAGAUGGACGACGAUGAAGACUCGUCGGCGGAUGAGAUUGUGGCCGACAUUGAGGAGGAGCCGCACAUGGAGGAUGAGGAGCUGGACGAUGAGGAGAUGCAGGCAAUCAAAUUGCCCAAAGUGGAGCACAAGGAGACCACCAUUCCGGCGGCCGGGGCAACCACCAUCCUGAAGGAUAGCAACAGCAAACCCAUUCUCAAGUUCAGUGUCAGCGCCAUCCUGGGCGACACACGGGAGGGAGUUCGCGUGCGGAAUGAAUUCAUGCAACCGCAGCAUAUAUGGCCUUAUCUACAACAAAACUUUAUGCAACAACACACACAUCAAUAUCACCAACACCAUCAGCAGCAUCCACAGUUGCAACAUUCGCAUCACCAUCAGCCGCCGCCGCCGCCGCCGCAUCAUCAUCAUCAUCAUGGGCCGGGGCAUGCAGCCCAUUUUCCGCAUCCCGCAUUUCUAACGCAUCAACUGGCGGGGCAUCCACAUGCACAGCAUCCACAUCCACAUCCACACUCCCACCACCAUCAGCAUCAGCAGCAGCAGCAGCAGCAGCAUCCACAUCCACAUCCCCAGCAGCAGCCGCAUCCUGGCAAUAGUUGUCAACCGCAAACCGCAGCGACGACGGCCGCAUCCUCGUCGUCGUCACCUGGCAGCACAAUUAGUGAUAGCGACAACAAUCACAGCACCAGCACCAGCACCAGCAAUGGCCAAAGCCAGAGCCAGAGUCAGAGUAACUCCGGCCAGGAGUUGGGCAAUGCAAAUGGCGACAUGGAGGACAAUGGCAAUCGAAGAUUAACGCAAGAAAAGCUUCAGCAGCAGCAACUGUUAAACGGUCAAGCUGGUGGCGGGGGAUUGCCCACACCGCCACCGCCUCCACCGCCAGCGAUUCAUCCGGUGAUUGCGAAGCCCAUGCCCAGUCGACCGACCCCAUUCCUGCCGCACACCCUCAACCAUCCGCACUUGCACUCGCUGCUGGCGCACUGCCGCAAUCCCUACAUGAGUGUUGGCGCCCAAGUGUUUCCCCUGCCGCCGGGCCAGGGCUUCCCGUGGGCCCAUUCGACGCGUGGCAAGCCACGACGUGGCAUGAUGCGACGUGCCGUCUUCUCAGACUCUCAGAGGAAGGGGCUGGAGAAGCGCUUCCAGCAGCAGAAAUACAUCAGCAAGCCGGAUCGCAAGAAGCUGGCCGAAAGACUGGGCCUCAAGGACUCUCAGGUGAAAAUUUGGUUUCAGAAUCGCCGCAUGAAGUGGCGAAACUCCAAGGAGAGGGAGCUGCUGGCCAGCGGCGGCUCCCGCGACCAGACGCUGCCCAACAAGAACAAUCCCAAUCCGGAUCUGUCCGAUGCCAAGUGUGAUCGACCCCUCACACCGAUCUCCCCCUCCCUGCUGUCGCCCAAUGGCAGUGUCACGCCGCCGCCGCCGCCUGGUGGCAUUGCCAAGGAUGAGCCGCCGCCGGCUGCUGUCACACCCAAAUCACCGCAGUCCGUCAGCAGCAGGAGCUCGCCGUGUCAUCCCUCGGCGGGGUAUGCGGGAAUGCAAAUGAGCUCGCCACCCCCACUCCUAAACAGCCUCAAGAUGAGCGAUCAGUCGGGCAGGGCCACACCCACAUGCGGUUCAGGGGGCGGUGCAGGCACAACGGUUUCAUCGGCAGCCUCCUCGCCGCCGGGUGCGAGCAGUGCGGCCGAGUUUCAGGCCAAGAUCAAUGCCGAGAUGCAGAAGCAGCUGGUGGCGGCCGAUCUCAAGUUCAAGCUGGAGAGCAGCAUCCAGGAGGCGAAGCAGCGGCGCUUCGAGCAGCUGCAGCAGCAGCUCCACCACUCACCCCACUUUACGGCCAUGCGUGAGGUGGAGCUGGCGGCGGCGGCAGCAGCAGCACAAUUGCACCACCAUCACCAGCAGCAGCAACAACAACAACAGCAGCAACAACAACAGCAACAGCAACAACAGCAGCAGCAGCAGAGCUCUGAGUUCAUGAAGCUGUACUACGACGACUACGAUGACUCGAACUCCGACAGCGAUGAGGAGAUCAGUGUGACGUGAUUCGGGAGACGCGGAGGAGGAAUCACUGUAAAUAUCCGUUUUAAUUGUACAAUUUAUUGCAACAUUAAAAUUAUUGUAUUUAAUAUGUGUAUAAUAUUUUUUCGAAUUUAAAUUCACAAACGAAAUAAACAUCUUUGA